CCUGUCUGUCUGUCUGUCUGUCCGUCGGCGCCCAGGCCUCGCCCCACCCUGGUCCUGGGGCUGCCCCGCCGCCCCCCUACCAACUGCAGCGAACCCCCUCCCUCUGGGCCAAGCCCCGACGCAGGCCAGGAGGCAAGCCGCGACGCUGUCACCCCAGACCCAGGGCCCGCCCGCACCUGACAUCGGGGUCUUGCACCCCGAGAUUGGAUUGGGAAAUCCAGAAACCCCAGCCUGGGAAUCUGAUCUGGGGUCAAUAUCCGGCCGUGGAACCCAGAGACCUGGACCCUGAACCCUUAUAUCUGGGACUGGAAUCCCAGCAUCGGUCCCUGGCACCCCAAGAUUUGGAAACUGAAUCCCAUGAUUUGGAGCAUGGACCCCAAGAUUUGGAGCCAGAACCCCAGGAUUUGGAAUCUAAACCCCCAAAUGUGGAGCUGAACUCUGAAUUCUGCGCCUCGCACCUUGAAAUCUGGAACUGGAUUUCCAAAUCUAUACCAAGAACUUACUGUUUGGAAACUGGACCUUGGAAUUUCGGCCUCAGAUUCCAAGAUCUGAACCUGAGGACUCCAAGGGGCCUGAACCCGAUUUUGAGCCAGAAGUCCUUGCUGCAGACCUGAAUGCUGAAAUCUGGGGUGAGACCUCCAAAUCUUGACUCAGCAUCCCUGUAUCUGAACACAGAACCCCAAUAUCGGAUUCCAGGACAGGAACUUGGAACUCAGACCCUGAUCUCCAUUGGGCUCUUUGGCACCCCAAGACUGGAGCUGGAAGACCCUGGCCCUGAACAACCAAAACUGGGUCUGGAUCUCUAACACUGGACCCUAAAGGCCCAAUAUUUGGAGAUUUGGGACCUGGGUUUUGAGAUCUGGAGGCUUCGUGGCCACAGGUUUGAGCUGAGACACAACAGCGUCUUCACAGAAGUCUUGGGACAGAGAUGGCAUGACCAGACUCCCAUUCGAGAGCCCUGACCUCUGACCCCCUUGGAGCCCGAGGACUCUGCUCCCUGGGGUGACUUCCAGCUCAGGUCGCCCCACCCGCAAUGGCCGUCUUCCCGUUGCUCCUUUGCCUGCUGCCGCUGGCCCCUGCCUCGUCUCCACCCCAGCCAGCCACAACCAGCCCAUGUCCCCGCCGCUGCCGCUGCCAGACCCAGUCACUGCCCCUCAGUGUACUGUGUCCAGGGGCAGGCCUACUGUUCGUGCCACCCUCGCUGGAUCGCCGUGCGGCUGAGCUGCGCCUGGCGGACAACUUCAUUGCGGCCGUGCGCCGCCGCGACCUGGCCAACAUGACAGGCCUGCUGCACCUGAGCCUGUCUCGGAACACCAUCCGCCAUGUGGCAGCUGGCGCCUUCGCUGACCUACGAGCCCUGCGUGCCCUGCACCUGGAUGGCAACCGGCUGACCUCGCUGGGCGAGGGUCAGCUUCGUGGCCUAGUCAACUUGCGACACCUCAUCCUGAGCAACAACCAGCUGGCAGCCCUGGCGGCUGGUGCGCUGGACGACUGUGCUGAGACACUUGAGGACCUCGAUCUCUCCUACAACAACCUGGAGCAGCUGCCCUGGGAGGCCCUGGGCCGCCUGGGCAAUGUCAAUACAUUGGGCCUGGACCAUAACUUGCUAGCUUCUGUGCCUGCCGGCGCCUUUUCCCGCCUGCACAAGCUGGCACGGCUUGACAUGACCUCAAACCGCCUGACCACCAUCCCACCUGACCCACUCUUCUCCCGCCUGCAGCUGCUCGCCCGGCCCCGUGGCUCCCCUGCCUCUGCCCUGGUGCUGGCAUUUGGUGGGAACCCCCUGCAUUGUAACUGUGAGCUGGUAUGGCUGCGGCGCCUGGCCAGGGAGGAUGACCUCGAGGCCUGCGCCUCACCACCUGCCCUGGGGGGCCGCUACUUCUGGGCCGUGGGUGAGGAAGAGUUUGUGUGCGAGCCACCUGUGGUGACCCACCGAUCGCCACCGCUGGCAGUACCUGCAGGUCGGCCAGCUGCCUUGCGCUGCCGGGCAGUAGGGGACCCAGAACCCCGUGUGCGUUGGGUAUCACCCCAGGGCCGGCUGUUGGGCAACUCGAGCCGUGCCCGUGCCUUCCCGAAUGGAACUCUGGAGCUGCUGGUCACUGAACCGGGCGAUGGUGGCAUCUUUACCUGCAUAGCGGCCAAUGCGGCUGGCGAGGCCACAGCAGCGGUUGAGCUAACUGUGGGUCCCCCGCCACCUCCCCAGCUAGCCAAUAGCACCAGCUGUGACCCCCCGCGGGACGGGGAUCCUGAUGCCCUUACCCCGCCCUCUGCUGCCUCUGCCUCUGCCAAGGUGGCUGACACCGUGCCCCCUACUGACCGUGGUGUCCAAGUGACUGAACAUGGGGCUACAGCUGCCCUCGUCCAGUGGCCAGAUCAGCGGCCUAUCCCAGGCAUCCGCAUGUACCAGAUCCAGUACAACAGCUCAGCCGAUGACAUCCUUGUCUACAGGAUGAUCCCAGCGGACAGCCGCUCCUUCCUGCUGACCGACCUGGCGUCCGGCCGUACCUACGAUCUGUGUGUGCUCGCCGUGUAUGAGGAUGGUGCCACGGGGCUCACGGCCACGCGGCCGGUGGGCUGCGCCCGCUUCUCCACCGAGCCUGCGCUGCGGCCGUGCGGCGCCCCGCACGCACCCUUCCUGGGCGGCACGAUGAUCAUCGCGCUGGGCGGGGUCAUCGUGGCCUCGGUGCUGGUCUUCAUCUUCGUGCUGCUCAUGCGCUACAAGGUGCACGGCGGGCAGCCCCCUGGCAAGGCCAAGGCCUCGGCACCCGUCAGCAGCGUUUGCUCCCAGACCAACGGCGCCCUGGGACCCACACCCACUGCACCUGUCCCUGAGCCUGCUGCACCCAGGGCCCACACCGUGGUCCAGCUGGACUGCGAGCCCUGGGGGCCCAGCCACGAACCCGCGGGACCCUAGCCGGGUGCCCACCUCUAUGGCUCCUCUGGCCCCAGGGAUAACAGGACCUGGACACCCGGCGGGACCUGGCCUCAGACUCACCAAAUCGCUCACGGUUUUUAAAACUCUGAUGGGGAGGGUGUCGGGGGCACUGGGGCACAACAAGAAAGUCCUAUUUUUCUAA